GGAAAGCUAGCUCGUGAAAGAGACGCAGUUUUCUUUAUUUUUUCCGAUGGUAUGGCGCACCGGGGAGGCGUCGCCGACGUGUUGUGGGAGACCCGGCGGGAGAAGCUGCUGCGGGCGCUGCGCGACGUGUUCGGGCACCAGGGCUUCCGCGGGAAACAAGAGGAGGCAAUGCGGGAAAUCUCGAGCGGCCACGACGCCCUGGUGGUGAUGCCCACCGGGGGCGGGAAGUCGCUGUGCUAUCAGCUGCCGGCGGUCGUCGCCGACGGUGUUUGCGUCGUCGUCAGCCCGCUCAUCGCUCUCACGGAGGACCAGGGUUUUUCCAAUUGA